AUGGAUACAGUUCUCGUGAAGCUUGUGGAUAGAAGCCAUCUUGAUGUUGAGCAUGAUCCUCUUCAUGUAAGCCCUUCUUUCUGUGUGGAAGACCUCGAGCGUUAUCUAAGAUCUGUGCUUAGUGGAGAUGGAGGCUAUAGAUUCUAUAUAGAAGGGCGGUUACUUGAAGGAUGUCUUCAGAAGGAGAUAGAGGAAAGGGGACUGGAGGUUGAGAGGGGGGUGAUCAUUGAAUAUGAGGUUGAUGGCCAUUGUACACCCGAUGCCACCGUGGAGGUCGAAGACUCAAUAUCGUUUCUGAAUGUGGUGAAAAACGAUAUUUGGGAAAUAUGGUGUGGAACCUAUGGAGGUAGACUGCAGAUCUAUGCCUACCAAGACGGUUCAAUUGUGCUGAAGAAAGCAACUGAAUACAAAAAGGUCCGAGGAGUUGCCCGUGGAGAUAGACUCUAUAUCUACAAUUCUGAUGGAGAGGUUUUGUCACUCAGAUCAGGGGCUGUUCUGUUCAAGGUGAAUGGUGAAAUCACAUGCUCUGCCUCUUCCUGUAGUAUUGUUUCUGUUGGGACCCAUGAGGGGGAAUGCUACGUGUUCAAAGGAAGACUCAUGAAAGUACAUAAGUUUAAAGCAUGUAUAUCGGUAACAAUUAUAGAUAAAGACGAGGUGAUGUUUGUAUGUAUGGACGGAAGCAUGGGGGUCUUUGAAACGUCUACAAAUGCAUUCAGAACAAAAGACUUUGGUUAUAACAUAACCUCAGGAGACGCAAGAGGAAAUGAAAGAGUAUUUGGGACGUCAUGCUCGGGGCUGAUUGUGGAGAGCAAAGACCAUUCGACUUUUGUUCCUACAAAUAUCAGGUUUAGUAACAAAGUAUUGAUGUACAACAGUUGUGUAGUUGCUCAGGCAUCUCAGCACACAAUAUCAGUUAUAAACGCUAAGAACUCGCAAGAGUUGAGGAGAAUCUCCACAGAAGGGUACAUUUCGGACAUUGGAUGGGCAGGAAAUCUUCUAGUUGUAGGCGUUGGAUCUAACUUACAAGGGUAUAUUAUACAUAACUUGGGCGGGAACUUUUAG